AUGAAUAAUUUUACGACAAGUGGGUUCCUCCUCAUAGGAUUUUCUACCAAGCCUGAGCUAGAAAUCUUCUAUGCUUCUCUGUUCUUGGUCUUAUACUUGUUGGCUUUAGCUGGCAACAUGCUCAUUAUCACCACAACUUCCCUGGAUGACAGUCUCCAGUCCCCCAUGUAUUUCUUCCUGAAACAUCUCUCCUUGUUGGAUCUCUGCUAUAUUUCCGGGACUGUCCCAAAAUUCAUUUACAACUCUUUCUCGCAUAGAGGAAAUAUUUCCUUCUGGGAAUGCGUUUUUCAGUGCUUUGUGUUCAUCCUCUGUGCGGCUGCUGAGCUGGCCAUGCUCACGUUGAUGUCCUAUGACCGUUAUGUGGCUAUCUGCCUUCCCCUGCACUAUGACGUCAUCAUGGACGUCAGAACCUGUGUCCAUGGGGUUGCAGGCGUCUGGGUCAGUGGGCUCAUCUCUGGAGUCAUGCACACGGCAGCCACUUUCUCCAUCCAUUUCUGUGGUCCCCAUAUCAUUCACCAGUUCUUCUGUAAUGUUCCCCAGAUCCUGAAACUCUCCUGCUCUAAUGACUAUGUCUAUGAGCUCGGUGUCACUGUCUUCCUGGUUUUCGCGGGAUUACUUUGUAUCAUCUUCAUAGGAUUCUCCUACAUGCACAUAUUUUAUUCUGUACUAAGGAUGCCAUCUGCUGAGGGCAGAGCUAAGGCCUUUUCCACCUGCCUCCCCCACCUCACUGUUGUCUUAUUAUUUAUUUCUACAUCUACCUUUGAGUACUUAAAAUCCCCUUCGGACUCUCCAACUGCAUCAGACAUUUUACUCACUGUUAUGUAUACAGUCGUUCCACCAACAUUCAAUCCAAUGAUCUAUAGCCUGAGAAAUAAAGCUGUUAAGUCAGCUGUAAGAAAAGUUUUUAAGAGGAAUAAAAUAUAUCUGCGUUGA